CAUGCAUUAAAAACUCAUCAAAUUGUCAAUAUAAAAAAAAAAACAAAUUGCUAUUUAUUUGUUUAGUUUCCUAUCUAUUUAUUGAAUUUUUUUUUUAAUUAAUUUCUUAUCAAUUGGAAUUGUGUGUUGAUAUAACUAAGAAGUUAUUUGCCAUGGAGCAAACAAAGUUUACCUUAUCGUGGGAUGCGUAUCAAAAGAGUUUUUGCGCUGGAUUGGGAUCACUACAACAAAAUGAAGAGUUUGUUGACAUGACACUGGCGGCGGACGGGCACCAUGUGAAGGUGCACCAGUUAGUGCUGUCUGUAGUGAGUCCAUACCUUAAGGCGCUCAUCACAUCUAUCAACUGUCCACAUCCUGUUGUAUUUUUGAAUAAAAUAUCAUACAAGACGCUGUGCUAUAUCCUGGAGUAUGUGUACACGGGAGAAGUGGUAGUGGCAGAAGAGGACAUUAACGAUCUGGUGGAAGCAGCCCAAGCAUUGAAGAUAAAGGGCCUCGAAGAUAUGAAGUUGGGGAAUAGUCUAAACACAUCACUGGUUCUCCCACACAUAUCCACAAAUACCACGCAUUAUCAAAAUGUCUCCAAUACAAAUGAAGAGAGUGUUAACAAAGAAUAUAGUGACCAAGAAAUUAUACAUGAGGAUACAAUUGAUGAUGAUCAUAUGGAUGAUGAAUAUAUAACAAUAGAAUCAACAGAUACAGUACCACUGAAACCAGAAAAAAAUAAGAAAGACAUCUUUACAGAGCCUACCAAAAAAAGAAAUAAAGUAGAAUCACAAAUAAGUAAAGACGUUAACUGCGGCGCGCUGCUGUACACGCUGUCGGUGCAGGGCUCGUUGCAGCUAAUCCUGAACCGGUUCAUGUACUGCCUACGCUAUAUCGGGCGGCGCGGCAGCCGCGGCGGCUCCACCACCAGGCGCUGGCGCUGCGUCGACUACAACAUGCUGCGCUGCCCCGCCUCUGUCAUCACCAAGGACAACGUUGUUGUGCAGCGGUCGUCAGCACAUAUACAUCCGUUUCACGAUACAAAAAUAUUAAAAAAAAUACGUAACGGCGCUGUUUACACUGCUAUACCGGACGCAGAGAAAAAAGGAGAUGACAUUAAGAAAAAUAAACCACCCAGCAACGAAACGCCAUCGAGCGCGGAAGAAACUCCGUCUAAAAAAUCCAUGUCCAACAUAGAUACUCCCUAAUGUUUUUUUUUUUCUGUAUAAAUAUUAUUGUUUCACAAUAGAACUUUUUCUUACAACCCUAAAAAAUUACAACCUUUAAUUCAUUAUCGUUGGCAUUUCGCAGUGGAGUUGGGGUGCCUAAAAAUUACAUCUAUAUUAUUUUUAAAACUUAUGUUCAUGUCGCUAACAACAAACAAUGAUUUUGAUACUGUUUAUUUUUUAAUAUAAAAAUCGAUUUUUA